AUGCACGUCUCACAUCUUCGCUCCGCCUGGAUCGUCUCGACCGUCCUUCUCGGCGCAACCGACGCCGCGUCGGCGGGGAAAAGAAAGUUUCAGCUCGGAGCCAACAUCUGCUCCGGCUUCAACACCGUUUGUACCGGAACGGACCUCGCCUGCGGGAGAUAUUACGACAACCAGCAGCUCCACAAGGUCGUGUACGCGAGCCAGGACGAUUGCUUUCGUGACCAUGGCCCGCGUCCGAGGAUAUACAAGCAGUGGUCACCGCCCCGUGGCGCUUGCGUAGGUGCGAGCGAAAAUUGCUUGGGAACCGACGAAGUCUGCGGUGCCAUCACGAACGCUACCACCAGGCACACCUGCUUUCGCUUCCGGACAAAGGGGCCCUGGCUGCAACCGAAUUCGCAACGAUGCGCCCAGAAAAUCUCGGAGCCGUGCAAGGGCACGGCCGAAUGGUGCGAGUUGAAGGCCGAGUCGUACGGGUCGGUGCAGGCUUGUCUCAAUCAACGACUGCCGAGUUCAUCGGCACCCUCUUGGUUCGAUCCAGAUGCCGCCAAAUGCGAGAACGCUACGGCGGAGGCAUGCCUGGGAACGACCGAGCUCUGCGACAGGAAUGCCAUGGUGCAGGCUGCCGCCGGUUUGGGGGGCAAGAAUAUGCAACUGUUCAACGACAUGAUGAGCAGCGUCCCCAUCAGAGUUACGCCCAGGCUGCAGGAUGCAUGGAGACAGUACAACGACGACAAGGACGACUGCAUAGCCGCACGAGGGCGCGUGCCCUUCUCCGCCAUAUUCUCCCCCCACUGCGAUGGUGACCUCGCUUCCGAGGAGUGCAGGGGAACCAUGGCCUGGUGCGAGGACGACUCGAACAGAGGAGACAUGUCGGUGGAGGAAUGCUUGAAGAAAAGAAGCACGAAGCCUGCGAAGCUCAGCCCAUGGUUCUACCCCCAGUCCUGCUCCGAGGCAAGUGAAAUAUGCCAGGGAUCGGAGGGGGUAUGCAGGAAGACGGUGCCGGCGGCGCAGCGCGCUGAUUGUUUGGCCUCUCGAGAUACGCCUUAUUGGCAGUGGAAGACUCCGGGAACCAACUCGUCCGAUCCUCUGGUGCUCGAGCUCGACUCCGGAUCGGAAGAGUAUUGCCACUACCACUACAGCCUCAUGGACUACGCCGACGAGUUUGAAUGUUAUGCGGCGCGCGGCCAAGACUAUCGGGAAUUUUCCAACAGCAUCUUCGCCGCCGUCGUCCCCAUCGCGGAGAAGGCCGUUUUGGAUGGUGGCGCCAAGGUGUUGCAAAAUGCAGUUCUUCGGGAACUCGUCGACAACGGUGCCAUGGCUGACGAUGCGGUGGACGUGGGGAAGGAUGAAGUGCGCCGAUACGUGAGCAACAUCCAGUCCAAGGCCGACUCCAUGGCCAGAAGGCUCGUCGAAAAGGCAAUCAAGGAUCAUCAGGCUCGUCGAAAGGGCGGCCAGUGA